AUGCGUUUCGCUCAGCUCGCUCUUGCCUCCCUCUUCGCCGGCGCCGCCAUGGCCGCCCCGGCCCCGGCCCUCUCCGAGGUCGCCGCGGCCGAGCCGGCCGAGGGCGCCAGCGUUCUCGCCAAGCGCGCCGAGGGCAUCCACCUCGUCAACUGCGAGAACUCGGCCGGCCGCACCAUCUACAGUGCUGUCGUUUACUGCCCCAACGACAGCGACUGCAACCGCAACCCGGGCGCCGGCAACUCGUGCGUGCCCGGCGGCGUCAUCACCUGGGAGAGGGCCAACGGCAGCUGCCGCUUCAGCACCGGCGUCACCUUCACCUGGGGCAUCGCCAGCAACGCCCAGAGCUUCGCGGAUUUCCAGCAGGUCGGCGAUGGCGGUAACGGCGGCACCAACUUCAGGAUCUUCAAGGACAACAAGCACCGCAUGUACACGGACGGCAACGGCAACUCGUGCAAGUCCAUCUACUACGGCCUCUCCUAA